AUGGCAUUACCAACAUUGAGCGCUGUUGACUAUAUUCUUCUCAUUUUACUUCUUCUGUCAUCAGCGAUUAUUGGUGCUGUGUUUGGUUUUGUUAAAUCAAAAAAAAGUUCAGCGAAAGAAUUUCUUCUAGCUGAUGGCGGCAUGGGAGUAUUCCCAACAGCUCUUAGUAUUAUGGUUUCGUUUCUCUCAGCUAUUACAUUACUAGGAACACCGAGCGAAGUCUAUAUGUAUGGAACUAUGUAUUUAUAUCAAGCUAUUUCAUGGAUAAUCGCUUCAACAUUGACAGCAUUGAUAUUUAUGCCGAAAUUUCGUGAAUUGAACUGUACCAGUGCUUAUGAAUACUUAGAAAAACGUUUUGAUCGAUCAGUACGCAUGUGUGCUUCAUUUGCAUUUUCAUUCUUUAUGUUAAUUUAUAUGGCUAUUGUUUUAUAUGCUCCUGCAUUAGCACUAAGUCAAAGUAAAUUAUUUAUUCAAUAUCAAAUAAGAAAAGGACAAAUCGCUACUCUUUUAGCUACUGGUUUGAACAUUUGGAUUUCUGUCGUUUCAAUUGGUGUAAUUUGUACGUUUUAUUCAUCAGUGGGUGGGAUGAAAGCAGUCAUUUGGACCGAUGUUUUACAAGCAGUAGUUAUUCUUGUGGGACUUCUUGCUGCUAUUAUUCAAGGUUUUAUUUCCCUUGGUGGCGUGCGGGCAGCAAUAUCCAUUGCAUCCAAAGGUGGUCGAAUUGAAUUCAAUAGUGUAAGCCUUGAUCCUCGCGUUCGCCAUACAGUUUGGUCACUACUCAUUGGCGGUUCGUUUAAUGCUUUAUCUACGUACGGCUUUAAUCAAACUCAAGUACAACGGUACAUGUGUGUUCGUACGACUCGCGGUGCUAAACAAGCAUUAUUUAUCAACGCAUUUGGUGCUACUAUUAUCAUUUGGCUAUCUGGCAUUAUUGGACUGAUUCUCUAUGCAUACUAUGCUGAGUGUGAUCCAUUCACAGCUAAAUAUGUGACUGAUAUUGAUCAAAUAUUCCCAUAUUUUGUUAUGGAAGUAUUGAGUGGUAUAAAAGGUUUACCGGGAAUUUUUCUUGCUUGUGUUUUUUCUGGUUCAUUAUCAACAAUAUCAUCUGGUUUAAAUAGUCUUGCAGCGGUGAUUAUUGAAGAUGUCUAUAAAGGUUUAAUGGGGAAAACUCUAACUGAUGAACGACAAGGCUUGGCAUCGAAAAUCUUUUCAAUUGUAUUAGGAGCUGUAGUCAUGUUGUUAACCUAUGUUGUUAGUUAUCUUGGAUCAAUUCUUAAUGCUGCAUUAUCAUUAUUUGGUGUUUUAUCUGGUCCAGUGAUGGGCGCGUUUUUUCUUGGCUUCUUUUUUCCACAAGCCAAUAGUCGCGGUGGUUUUAUUGGAUUUAUAGCGAGUCUUUUGUUACAACUGUGGAUAUUUUUGGGAGCACAAAUAACAAAAAAUCAAAUGAAAAGUGAACGCUUGCCAUUAUCAGUUGCAAACUGUCCUACACUAGUAAAUAUUACAACAACAUUAACAACAUCGACUAGAUCUAAUCCAUUAAUUGAUUUUUAUUCUGUAAGCUAUAUGUGGUAUACACCAAUAGCUGUGGGCACUGUUGUAAUAGUUGGACUUAUUGUAUCUUACAUAACUGGUCCGCAGAAACCAAAUGAAAUCGAUCCUAAAUUACUCAUAUCUGUUAGUGAUUUAUGUUGCUGUUGUUUACCUAAACGUAUACGUGAUUGGUUUCGAUGUGGCAUUAUUGAGAAUGGUUAUUUUGAGAAAAAGGCUGAAAAUGAUAUUGAAUUACCAGUAUCGGAAGAAUUCGAUAAAGCCCGUAAUAGUUUUUGUUCACAAACAUUUAGCACAGAUACAAAAGAUACAUUUCCAUCGGAUAUUGUAAUAGAAAACGUAGUGGAAAAAGGUCACGAUAAUCCAGCAAUGGCGAUGAAAGACUAG